ACGCACUUGGAAAAUUUUCCAUCAGAACAAGUCUAGAAAAAUUAUUAAUUGAAAUUGUAUACUGUCAGAAUAAUGCCGUGUAAUAAAAUAAUAAUAUUUUAUUAUUGUUUAUUUAUUGUUAAUGUUACGUGCAGUAAAAUCGAAACUUACGCGUCUUCACCAGAAGAAGAUUCAUCAAAACGUCUUAAUAGAAAUGCAAGAGAAAUAGUGGAGAAAUGUUUUACAAAUAAUUCAAAUCCAAUUAUAAUAAGUGCUGAUUUGAUUAAUCACGAUGACGACGUAAAAAAUCUGUCUGAUAUUACUAAUAUGAAUUCGUCGUUAAUUAUAAUUAACGAGGAUUUCAAGCCAACUGACAUCAAAGGGCACAUUCCUGCUUAUCCGACGUAUGUCCUUUCGUUUAAAUCGUUUCUAAAACUGGCAAUGCUUAUUGGAGAGUUAAGGAAAUCAAAAAUCUGGAGUAUCAAGUCUCCGUUUUUCGUUCUUGACACUACGAAAGAUCCACUUCACAUCAAUGCUCAAAUCGUACUAGAAGUGCUGUUGGAAUAUAAUUUAUUAUCUGCAUAUUACUUGUGUUAUAACAAUGACAGAGAUUCGACAAUUGUUUACACUUUAAAUCCGUUUACAAAUUACGCUCCGUCACCGUGGGUCCAGCUUGAUACCAGCUACGUAUUUAUAGAUAAAGCUGAAAAAAAAUGGACAUUCUACAGCCUAGAAUAUUCGAAAGUUACAGGUAAAAAUAUAUGUCAGGAUAUAAUUUUGAAAAAAACAAAAUACUUAGACCGGUAUAAAAUAAAAACAAUAUCUAUUGGGCGAUUUCCAAAUAUUACUUUAGAUAAAAAAGAAAAAAUUAUGAAUAAUUAUCUGAAAAUGAUGACGAAUAAAAAAUCUACAUCAUUAUACACAUUAAUUCCAUACAUUAAUGCAACAUAUUCAAUCUACUUUUUGGAUCAAGAAUUUUCCAAAGAAACGAUGAAUAAUGGUUACAUAGACGAGUUAGUAAAAAAAAAGUAUGAUGCCAAUGAUAAAUUGACGCAAUUAUCGGAUACUAACUAUCAGCUUAUGGAUGUUAUAACACAGUAUACUUUAUUUGAAUAUUCAAUACUGACUAGAAAGUCGAAUUAUUUGACGGCAAUCAGCGAAAUAACUUUCAAUCUACAAUUUAUUAUUCUUACAAUAAUUUUUCUGUUCUUGAUACUAGUGGUGAUAUUAAUUAAUAAUACCUUCAGGGUUAGUGAGAGUAUUAUGGACGUGGUGAAAAUGUUGGCCAAUAUGGGAGUUAUGUCUCCAAUGGACCGUUUGUCUAUGAGAAUCAUUUACUUUUCCGGAUUUCUAUUUAUAUUUAUAAUAAUGCCCGAAUUUCAGGGUCAAAUAUCCGCAAUGUUGUCAAAACCAAUUCGACGUAACGUUGAGUCACUUAAAGAUCUUCGUGACAAUAAGUAUCACGUAUAUUUCCACGGUCCUUUAGAGAAUGAUAUGAUCAAUGAAAAAUUGUGGGUUACUGAUGAGGACAGAAAAUAUUUGCAUUCAUCAAAUUUUCUAGAUCUUGAUAAAUGCGCCGAUGCAGCUCAGGAAAAUUCUACUAUUGCAUGUAUUGAUACGACUAGGCAUCAAUUACAACGAGCUUUAAAUUUAAAAAAUCUAUCUGUUUCUAAAGACGUCAUAUUUAGUAAAUAUUUCGCAUACUGGACAAGGAAGGAUUGGCCGCUAAAAGAUAGAAUCGAUAAAAUUGCUGCACUAUCAGUGGAAACAGGUUUAGCUGACUAUUUUUUUGACAAACCGAGCAAAGAAUAUUCGAAAAAAUUGAAGAAGAUUAAUAAAAUUAAAGCAAAUGAAAAGUAUGAGCAGAUUGACUUUGAUAAUUUGGUGUUCACUUACAUGUUCACUGGGGUGAUUUUACUGUGGGGUGUAUUCAUUUUUGCAAUCGAACUGCUCUUUCAUAAGUAUUCAAGACUUUACAGACAAGUUUGGAUAAGGCGAGGGUUCGGGAAUAAAAUGUCAUUGAAAUCGCAACCGAGAAUUGUUUUCUUUCCUGGGCGAAUGGUUCUUCUUAAUAGCCGUGAGUGAUUGUUAUCUCGAAACCAAGUAUCUAAUUAGUAGUAAAUUCGUAAUUAGUAUUCACUGAUUGGUUGAUGUGGAUUAUUUUGAUAAUUGCACUCGUUGAGAUUCAAAAAAAGGUGCUAUGAGCAAGUUUUGGUGACUAAGUAAAUAAUAAUUUAAACUUUUAAAUAUCUUAAUAAGUAUUAAUGAUACACAAAAUUCAACUCCAGAUUUUGUCGUGGAUUAUAAUAUUAUCUAAAAAAAAAAAUUGAUUCAACUUUUUUCUUAAUCAAUAUUUGAAUCUCCAGAAACUCAAAGUUAGAUAACGGAUUUAAACUUCAAGAAAUAAAUCCGCUGCUGAAAAGUUGAGUGAAAUAAAUGUCGUGUUGUUUGUUAAUAACAAUUAUAAAUCUGUGAUUUUCAUGUAUUGAGUGGAUUGAUUAAUAAAUUAAACCUAAUUAUAAAGUAUUCAUUAAAAACAAAACUGAUAAUUAAAAAUUUUUCUUAAUUUGGUCGUUCAUAGGCAAUUAAAUAGAAACUUCUCUGUGAUUGAACGCUCUACCCAUAGCAAAUUUUAGUGCAAUUUUUAUUUUAAAUCAGGAAUCUCGAAGCGUUUUAAGAUUAUCGUCAUAUAUUCAUUAAAAAAAAUUGAAGCAUCUGAUUUAGAUUCAAAAUAAUUCGAUAAAUAUUAAAAAUUCCCACAAAUUGGUGAUUUGUUUUUUUGUAAAGCAUUUAAUUUCCUACACUUAAGUAUUCGGACACUUUCUACCUAAAAUUGAUAAUUUGAUCUCAAAAACUGUCGAAAUA